AAUUGAGAAAUUCGAAAAAGGAUUCUGCCAUUAUCGAGCAGACAACAGAAUCCGCGCGUUUGCGCCGCGAUGACGUAGUUUUGCGGAUGAGGCGACGAGCUCGAAUAGGCCCGACCGAGAGCCCUCACUGACGUCAAAGCUCCGCCUUCGGCUUCCCCGGCAGCCCGAAUCUCUCGGGCAAUUUGCUCUCGUCCCUGAAAUAUUUGGAAAUCCCAUGACGGACCCAUAUAUGCCUCCUCCGACACAUCGCCGUGGACUCACUAAGCAUCGGAUGGUGCGUCCACGCGGUGGGGGUCAUGAGGCCCAUUAAACCGCAGCGUAAAAGGAUCUCUUUCGCCCUCUCUUGCUACAAUGUGAAAAUAUCAACAGUCGAUGACUCACUUUACUCACUUGUGAUUAACAAACAACAUCAACCUUAUCUUUACUAUCUUGACCAUGGCGAUAAUGAGCCAUCUCAAAGGACGUGGGCGUGUGGAGCCCUCGAGCAACGGCCCUUCCAAUGGAGUUGCCCAUCAAAAAAUCACUGCCGUUGCUUGCUUCCUGGGUCUGGUUGCAAGCAUUGGUGGAUUCAUGUUUGGAUAUGUCAGUGGUCAAAUAUCCGGCUUCUUUCUCAUGGACAACUAUGCCGAACGCUUUGGCGAGGAGCAGUCUGAUGGAUCCUUCACAUUCAGUGCCGCCCGACAGGGUACCAUUGUUGGCCUUCUCUGUGUCGGUUGUCUGAUCGGGUCCCUCAUCUCUGGCUCAAUGUCCGAUAUCAUCGGUCGCCGUCUCACUAUCUCCUCCUCGGCUCUCUUCACCAUGAUUGGCACAAUCAUUGAGAUUUCAUCUGAGAAGCAAUGGGCUCAGUUCGCUGUCGGCCGUCUGGUGACAGGACUUGGCAUCGGAGCUUUGUCAGUCGUCGUCCCAAUGUACCAGUCCGAGAGCAGCCCCGCCAUCAUUCGCGGUAUCCUAGUAUCAACAUACCAGCUCUUCAUCACUCUAGGAAUCUGGACCGCCGAGAUGGUGAACUGGGGAACGGAGACGAACCAGAGCAGCGCAUCUUGGAGAGUUCCCAACGGCCUUUCCUUCCUCUGGGCCCUGAUUCUUGGCGGAGGUAUCCUCCUGCUUCCCGAAUCUCCUCGAUAUGCGUACCGAAAGGGCCGCGUUGAGGAAGCUCGAAACACCAUCGCCAGACUCGCCGGUGUUGCGCCUGACGACUACAGCGUGUCGAAGCAGAUUGAUGAGAUCCGCGCCAAGCAGGAAGAGGAGAAGACUAGCACCGAUACGAAGUGGUAUGAGAUCUUCACUGGACCCCGAAUGCUUUACCGCACGCUUCUCGGCAUGACCCUUCAGGCUGGUCAACAGUUGACAGGCGCGAACUUUUUCUUCUAUUUCGGAACUACGGCCUUCUCUUCCACUGGUAUCAGCAACAGCUAUGUCACUCAGAUCAUUCUCGGAUCCGUCAACGUCGCCUGUACCUUUGGUGGGCUGUGGGUCGUGGCAAAAUGCGGCCGUCGCAAGGCUUUGAUGAUUGGUGGACUCUGGAUGAUGAUGUGCUUCUUCGUCUACGCCUUCGUUGGACACUUCUCGCUCGACCAUGAGAACCCGAUGAACACCCCCAAGGCCGGGACUGUUCUUAUCGCCUUCUCCUGCCUGUUUAUCGCUGCGUUCGCUACCACGUGGGGUCCUCUCGUCUGGGCAGUUGUUGCUGAACUGUACCCUGCCCAAUACCGCGGUCGAUGCAUGGCCCUCGCCACUGCUGCCAACUGGUUCUGGAACUUUAUGAUUUCUUUCUUCACUCGAUUCAUCACUGACGCCAUUGACUAUCUGUACGGUCUUGUUUUUGCAGGAUGCUGCGCGGCUCUUGUUCUCAUCGUCUUCUUCUUCCUUAUCGAGUCAAAGGACCGUACCCUUGAGGAGAUUGACACGAUGUACGUUGAGCAUGUCAACCCAAUCAAGAGCAGUUCCUGGGUUGCCAGCAACCGGGGGAAGGAUAGCUCGGAUCACACGGGCAACAACACCGAAAGUGAGGCGGUAGAGCACAGUAGUUAGAGGCCUUGUUUUCAGAUUGCAAUAAAUUAUCGCAGUAUAACCCUUAAAUGGAAUUAUCGCUCAAUCAA